AUGGAUGCAGCAAAGAAAGGUAGGCAAUCCUUAAACUCCAUCUCCUUAAAUUAAAGUUUUAAAUGCACAGAGAGAAUACAAGAAACUAUUAAUUAUACAUGCAAAGUUUUGAUUUGAAGCUUAUUGGUGACUUAAAGUGUUAUUAUAUUGCUGAUAGAUUGGUUUUCUAAUACUUUUACUGUCUCCAAAUAAUGAUCUUUAUAUGAAGUCAGGUCGAUAAGCUUUAUUGAUAAAGUUCAGACUAGUUUUUAAAGCAUUUUUCCACCAGAUUAAAGUGUCAAGUACAGUUUUACAGUCACAAAUUGCCCAGUUUGCUUUCAUUUUAACAUUUACACAAAACUUUCACUUGCUUUAGCUCUCAUUUCCCUGUAAUUUGGCUCUUUUGUGCUUUUUGCAUGGUUGAGAUAUUAAAUGUACCUGCAGGCUUAUCCAUGCAGGGCCUUGUCAACAGGUGUUCACAGGCCUACAAGGGGAUAGUGCUGGGCUAAGUGCCACGCUGUCCCUAAUAAAGAAGUAGGUCACAUCUGGUCUUAUAAUUUGCAGCCUUCAGGAGGGAAUACCUGUCUGUUACUUUAGCAAACACUCUUUAUUGUAUUAGUUAAUAAGAUGUGGGCUUAUACUGGUGAUUAAAUAAUGUCACUGAAAGUUGUGGGUCAAUCAGACCUGUGCAUAAAGAUUUUAUUCAGUCGCAGAGAUCACAACAUACCCUCUUUUUUUAAGUCUCCAAGACCUUCUUGUGUCUAUCACCCCAGAUCUCAGAAUAACAAAACUACCAUGUGUUUCUCCGACAGAUGCCCCACCUGUGGGCGAAGCAGGGAAAUCAGACACCCUGGGGUCGACAGGCUCGGCCAGAAAAAGGGGAGGGGGGGCCAAGAAGGCGAUGCAAGCCAACAAGUCCGCCCUGAGAGCCCCCCGAGCCCUCUGCUGCCUCACUCUCAGCAACCCCAUCCGCAUGGCAGCGCUGGCCCUCGUAGAGUGGAAAUAUCCUUUUCUAGAAGUGUAUAAUAAAUAUGAUGUUUAAGCAUAAUGUGUUCAUGAGGCUAUACUCCACCAAAAGUCUGUGGCACCCUUGACAGCAGUCUCCAGGCCCUUUGAUAUCUUCAUUCUUCUUGCCAUAUUUGCCAAUUGUGUUGCCAUGGGUGUCACCAAACCGUACCCCGAUGAUGACUCAAAUGCCACCAAUCACCAACUGGUGAGUUAACAACACGUUUACACACACUUAAGAUCAUUUAAACCACCAUAUUAUUACAAAAACGUGAUUAUUUCACCCACAUGUGCAAAAGUCCCUCAACAUUUAAGCACCCAGGGGAGAAUAAAACACCUUUGAUUUGUAUGCACAGCUAUAACUAUGUGAUCCAGGGCCACAUAGAGACGAAGAUCAGUCAGGAACAGGGCAGAUGAAAGGACUAAAUGUUUGAAGAAGAAAUCACACAAACUCUGAGCUUGAAACGGAUGUUCAAACUUUGAUCAUCCAGAGUUUCUACGUCUAAAAGCUGCAGCGGUGCCGAGUCUUUAGGAGCUCGAGUUAUAAAAAGUUUAAGGCUGCAGUAAGAACAGGAUUAUGAAGCUGAAAAGGGGUUGCUCUGAAAGGCAGAAGAAGUCACCUGACAGACAAAAUCUGUUUUGUUUGGAAGAGAAAUGACAGCAGUGUGGGAGUUUUAUAUCAUCUCCAGAAAGAUCAGCAACAUGCAGUUUGUGUGACGGGCUGCAGUGACAUUUUGAGAGGAAGAAACUGGAUAUUUGAUCGCACACGUGAAGAAUUACAGCCCUGAAAAUAUAGAAUAGGACUGCAUCAGAUUGCCCAUGUGUUUACAAAGUUCUGUCCGGUCAGUGUGUUGUAGACAUGAGGUAUUAUAGCUUUGUUUCAGUCUCCUCGAUCACCUGUUUCACCUCUCCUGAACUCUCCAAGUCGUAUGAGGACGCUUAGAGGAGUCAGCAUGUUUCUUUAGGUGUAAAUUAAACCUUCUAGUGUUUUCAUGGAAAGGACCGAAUCUCUGCGGAUAAUUUGCUGACAGUUAGUGAGAAGGUAACAGCAUUGUGUCGGAUGGUAAUGGUAUUAGAGGGGAAAAGUUGUGGUGUGACCUCACUUAGGUGACCCUGUCAGGGAUCAUGGCUGAUUUAAAACAGCAGCCAUCUGCCUCAUGUCUUUUUCUCUCUCUGUAUUCCUCUUCCUCUUCACCAAUUUGAUCAUUUUUUACUGAUUUUACAAAUUUAACAAUCAAAAAAAUCAAAGAAAAGCUUUUUUUGUCCCCUUAAAUUUGAGAAAUUUGACCAAAACACAUCCUUACAUAUUUACUAAAAGUCUUAUUGCUGCUUAAAUUACUGCAUAAAACUUUAACCUGUCUAGUGUUUUCAGACAUUUGACUCGAUUCAAGAUAUUUUGCAGAAAAAGUGCAGCAUGGAGCCGCACAUUUACUCUUGCAGCAGGAUGUUAAUAGAUCCUUUUAUUGGAUUGCACAAAGGAGGUAAUCUGACGGUUUUACAAACAGCUCCCUGCUGUGAUUUCAUAUAUUUUCAGGUAGCAUCAAACAUUUUUGGGGAAUUUUUGGGUUAACAUAACAGAUUUUUAUGAGUCCCCUACCGUCGUCUUACAUUAAACCACAUUAUAGCUGGAUUAUGGUGUCAGUCUAAGGUAAAAGCCCAGUCACAGUGGUGCCAGUGAUUAGCAGCAUUAAGCUGAAGGGCAUUGAGAAGGGAUUCAACGACAGGCUUAAGCAUGUGUUAGGCAGUGGGUUAAGAGGUUAGAAAGCCAAUGCAAUCAGCCUUUAAUGACAACGCACGUGAUGUAAAGAGAGACGCAUGAAAAACUCCUAAAAAGACUGAAUUUCCCAGAAAACUGUGAGGAGAAACUCAAGUGUUUCUGCAUGUGUGUGUUUUUUUAACGCACUCACUGACGUACGAAUAAAAAAGGUCAGUCUAAUUUUGACAAACAUCCGCACAUUGUCUUUUUCUUUUGUUCUCAGGAACAAGUUGAGUACGUCUUCCUCGUCAUCUUCACCAUCGAGACCUUCACUAAAAUCCUCGCCUACGGCUUAGUCAUGCACCCCAGCGCCUACAUCCGCAGCGGAUGGAACUUGCUUGAUUUCAUUAUCGUCAUCGUCGGGUAUUUUUGUGCUUCACAUGGUCACCAUUUGCAUGUAAAAUGUCCUGUCUAGAGCAAGAGUUUCAAGUAUUUCCUGUGUGUGUUUGUGUGUGUGUGCAGGUUGUUCAGUGUGAUCGCAGAGGCCAUGACGGAUCACAAACCAGGAGAGGCCCAUCAUGCUGCAGGAAAACCUGGAGGUCUGGAUGUCAAGGCUCUCAGGGCGUUCAGGGUGUUACGACCGCUUCGUCUCGUAUCUGGAGUGCCGAGUGCGUCGCUCAUUUGAUCUUACUCUGAUAUUUGCAUGUGUACAUAAUCAUGAUGAUUUGAAUACUUAAUGAUUGGCGUGUGUGUUUUUAGGUUUACAGAUUGUGUUGAACUCCAUCAUGAAAGCCAUGGUCCCUCUUCUCCACAUCGGUAUGCUGGUCAUGUUUGUAAUCAUCAUCUACGCCAUCAUCGGUUUGGAGCUUUUUAUCGGCCGGAUGCACAAGACGUGUUACUCCAUCGGGACAGGUUUUAAAAAUAUUAAUUUAAUUAUUUUACAUUUUGUUUAUCUUGAUUUUACUCCUCCUUUAAUGAGGUGUUUCUCUUGUUUUUAACCAAUAACCUGUUUUUAUGCCUUUAUUGUGAUAUUUCUUUGCCAUUUGAGGUCUCUGGAUGUGCACUACAAAUAAAAUGUAUUAUUAUUAUUAUUAUGUGCUGGCUGAAUGUAUAUCUGUCCCCCUGCUCAGGUCUGAUGUGGGAGGAUGACCCGUCUCCAUGUGCAUUUGCUGGAAGCGGACGCUUCUGUGUCUGGAACGGGACUGAGUGCAGGGGCAAGUGGGAGGGUCCGAACGGCGGCAUCACGAACUUUGACAACAUCUUCUUCGCCAUGCUGACAGUCUUCCAGUGCAUCACUAUGGAGGGCUGGACGGAUGUUCUCUACUGGGUACACAGACACAGACACAGUAUCUCAACGCUCACAUUUGUCUGAAAUGUCUCACUUUUUCGUGUCUGUAUCUUUGCACAGAUGAACGACGCCAUCGGCUUUGAGAUCCCGUGGGUUUACUUUGUUUCUCUGGUCAUCUUCGGAUCCUUCUUCAUUAUCAAUCUUGUUUUGGGUGUGUUGAGCGGGUGAGUAGCUGCUACAUCCCCGCUCGACAGCUUUCUCAGCAGGCGUGUUUUCUGUUUAUUUCUUAGUUUCUGGUGUUUGUUUUUGUGCUCAGAGAGUUCUCCAAGGAGAGAGAAAAAGCUGUGGCUCGUGGUGAGCUGCAGAAGGCCCAGGAGAGCAAACAGAUGGAGGAGGACAUGAUCGGCUACAUGGACUGGCUCAUAGAGGCGGAGGAUGUGGAUGAAGAAGGAAACAAACGUUAGUUUAGGACGUAUUCAUGUGGAUUUGCACACUUGAGCUCAAAUAAUCAUUUCUAUACUUACUGAUAAUGUUCCUCUGUUUGACUUUAAAGGAGCUGCGAUCGCAAAGAAGAAGAUGAUGAAGAAGUUUGGCUGGUACAAACACAGUGAGGAUGGAGGAGGUACGUCAGCUCAGAAUAACCGUUCAAUAAUGUUUGUGUGUUUAUGUAAUUGUCUUGAACAGCAUGUACUUUUCUUUCUGUGUAACAGAGUCUGACUCAGACGAUGAUAUAGCGUACCUGGAUGAUGACAACGGCUGCUGUGCUUCUCUUAUGUAAGGAAACAGGAAGUGCAGUAUUGUUGAUUGUAAGCCCGUGAUCACACGAACGAUCAUUUUGACAAGCUUUACUGGUUACAGAUCUGGGUUACAGCUUCAUCAUGCCACAAGUGUAACAAAGAUUGGUCUGAGACCGUUCAAGUAUAUAUAGUCGUCCACGUUUCUAAACAUACUGCUGACAUUUAGUUGACCUUAAGAAAAAUCCAUGUACGGUAAGAACAAAGGACGACAUAUUUUAAGGAGCUUUAGGUGAACAUACGGAGGGUCCGUAGAAGGAAAUAACAUGGCAGAACAUAUUUUGGAGACCUGUGUGAUGUAAAACAUGGGUACAAGGUCCUUGUUGAGGAUAGUUGUCGGAGGCCCAUGGCUCCAGAAAGCUAGCACCAAAAUAUCUGAGGUAUUUGAGUGACACAGCUCCACCACUCUAAAGGCUGACAUGACUGGUUAAAGAAACUCAUCCUAACAUUGAUUCAUCAUUGAUAUUCAGUCUUUCUCUAAUUCAUCUCAUGUUUUUGUUUCCUCAGGGCGAAGAUGAUGGCCAACAGUUUCUGGUAAGUCCACUUUUAGGAAGGUUUUUCAAUUGAAGGAACUCUUAUAAAAAGAAAUUUCACUUAAUCUUAUCUUGUAUUAGUGCGUCUCUUUUUAAAAUGCAAAUUAAAACUCUAUUUUCACUCUUUUUCAGCGACCAGCUGUGUCAGCUCAAUCACACGAUGAGGAAGAACUGCAGAGUGGCCGUCAAAACCACCAACUUCUACUGGUUGGUGCUUCUGCUGGUGUUCCUCAACACAGUGGCGAGCGCCUCCGAGCAUUACGGGCAGCCCAAGUGGCUCACAGAGAUGCAAGGUAAAAAAAACAGGUCCUUCUGAUCUACAGCAUCUCGACAGUAAUUCAUAAAAUCUCCACGCUUACUUUUGUUUGUGUCUCAUCAGAACGAGCCAACAAGAUCCUCCUGCUGCUCUUCACUCUGGAGAUGUUGAUGAAGAUGUACGCCUUCGGCCUGCAGAUCUACUUCAUGGCUCUGUUCAACCGUUUUGAUUGUUUCGUGGUGUGCGGCGGCAUCCUUGAGACGCUGCUGGUAGAGCUGGAAGUUAUCCCACCCAUCGGCAUCUCUGUGCUGCGCUGCAUCCGACUGCUCAGGAUAUUCAAGAUGACUCGGUAGCUGCUGCUCAAACCUUUUUUUUUUUUAUCAGUUUUCCUUCCAUCUGUAUUUUCGUAAAUCUGAUGAGUGCUCUCUUCUUUGUUUUUGUCUUAUUUCCAGGCACUGGGCUGCUCUGUCUGAUUUGGUGAACUCUCUCCUGAACUCCAUGAAAGCCAUCUGCUCUCUUCUGCUCCUGCUCUUCCUCUUCCUCAUCAUCUUCGCCUUGCUCGGCAUGCAGCUAUUCGGAGGCAAAUUCAACUUUGAUGAAACUCAGAUGAAGAGAAGCACCUUUGACUCUUUCCCUCAGGCUCUGCUCACGUGUUUCCAGGUGAUUCACAUCGUCUGAGUUUCUAACUUUCUACUUUUUGACGCAGCAUUAAUCGGCGGUCUCUUUUCUUGUGGUCUGUCUUGACAGAUUCUCACCGGAGAGGACUGGAACGCUGUGAUGUAUGAUGGCAUUAUGGCAUAUGGAGGUCCAAUCUUCCCAAACAUGGUGGUCUGCAUUUAUUUUGUGAUCCUCUUCGUCUGCGGUAACUGUAUCCUUUCUCAGGAGUUUUUCUAUUGCUUUGGAGUGAGGGUAUGUGCAGAGAAGGGAAGGAUAUAAAAGGGUUUGCUUGAGUGUAAUUUGACUAUAAUUUAAAGUCUUAAUAUAAAUAAAUGAAGGGAAAGGGUCCUGAGAGUUUGUCUUACUCCGUCCUCUUCACUGUGAGUCCUUGACUUUAUGGUCAGACAUCCUGCUCAAUGUCUUCUUGGCUAUCGCUGUCGACAAUUUGGCAGGAGGCGGCGGGAAGACAAAAGUCGAGUAAGCUCGAUGAUCUUGCUGAUUUCAGUUAUUUCAAUCAUGUUGUUUUGCAGUGGAUCGUAAUCUAAUGGUUGUUUACUGUUUGUGGUUUCAGGGAGAAAAAGGAAGAAGACGAGGAGUGGGAUGAGGAUGAAGAGAAAGAGGAUGAAGAUGCAGGGGUGAGGGGAUAUUUCUGUUUUUAUCUUCACCACAUUUAUCCAAAUUAAAGAGAUUUUUAUGGUAGUUAACCCUCUUUUGUUGGCGGUAGAACGAGGAGGAUGACUGGCAGGAGAAUGAGGAGCUGAGGGCCAUCGAGGGGCUGGAGGGUGAGUCUAAAGGAGGUUUAAAACAGCGGACUGUGAUUUAGAUAUCAGCUGUAUGUCACUCUUUUAUUGUUUGCUCUUUAUUUGUUUGUAGGAGUCGCUCCUUUAAAGCCGGAGUUCUCGGGGCCCAAAGAGAAGAUCGUCCCAAUCCCAGAUGGAAGCUCCUUCUUCAUCCUGGGAAAGAAAAACUGGUAAUCUCAGAUUAAAAUAACCUCACUGUCAGAUUUCACAAACCUGAACGUACCUGAACACCCUGAUAUUGCUCAAACUCUCCUUCAUAACUUCCUCUCAUUCUCAGUUUGCGUGUCGCGUGCCAUAACCUCAUCCAUCACCCAUACUUCACCAACUUCAUCCUCAUCUUCAUCAUCCUCAGUAGUAUUUCACUGGCUGCUGAGGAUCCAAUCAAAUCCCACUCCUUCAGGAACAUUGUAAGACUGUACUGCAUGUCCAUUUUAUUCUCAGUUAACAGGAUCAGCCAAUUCAAGGUCAUUUCUCUCUUUCUCUCCAGGUGCUUGGAUACGCCGAUUAUGUUUUCACUUCAGUUUUCACAGUGGAGAUCGUACUAAAGGUGAAGAAGAAUGUGAAUAAUGACUCAAACAGCUGAUAUUUAGAUAGUUUCUGACUUUGUCCUCCUCUCCUCUCACCUCUAGAUGACGGUCUACGGAGCAUUUCUGCACACAGGCUCCUUCUGCAGAAAUGCCUUCAACCUUCUGGACCUGCUGGUCGUCAGCGUGUCGCUCACGUCUUUCUUUUUACAGUGAGUACAAACGAACACAGGGUCCUCUGACUGAAGAAUCAAGAGGAGUCAUUAAAGAAGAGGUUUCUCAAACUUCUCUUGUUAGGCCAAUCCUCAAUUUUAGGGCGGUGACACCCACUCCAGAGUCAUUCCUGUUUUUAAUUAGAGCCGGCUGAGGCCUGAAGAUCACAGCAGUUCAGAUCAGUCAUCAGAUUUGUCCCAAUUUUCUGAAUCUUUUGAUGAUAUGAUGUGCUGUAGAUGAUGAAAUCCUCAAUUUGUUUCCUGUAAGUGCUGAACGAUCACCUUACCCAGUCUCUCACAGAAUGGUGACCCUCGACUCAUCUUCACAAAUAGUUGAAAAAUGCUUCUUCGACUUUUUACCGUGUUUCCCGCCCUGAUUGUUCUAAAAGAUGUUGCUGGCAUCAAAUUUAAAACAAGCUUAUAUUUCUCAUAAACCAGUAACAUUUUCCAACUUUAACUUUUGAUUUGAAGGGUUUUUUUUAGAUCAAAUAAACUUUAGUCUUAGAAUGAGUUGGAAACAGUCAAAUUCUGUUUUUCUCAACUUUUCUGGAACUGAUAGAAAACUUUCUAUUUGUUGAAACAAUCCAGCUGAUCUAAUAUUGAGUCAAAUUAAGUUACUCCAGAUUCUGAAUAUAGUUUUUAUUGUUUUUCAGGCUUACUUAACAUUAAUCCAAUCUGCUUUGCUCCUCUCAGUUCGAGUGCGAUCUCUGUGGUCAAGAUUCUCAGAGUUCUUCGAGUGCUCAGGCCUCUUCGAGCCAUCAACCGAGCCAAGGGUCUAAAGGUAAACUCUACAAACUAUUCGUAGUUUAAGGUUUUAUUCAUGAUCUCAUUCAGUAUGGUAACCUGUAAUUAAAGCUAACACAUGUGCCUUGUUUCUGUUCGUCGACAGAAUGUGGUGCAGUGUGUGUUUGUGGCGAUCCGCACCAUCGGUAACAUCUUGAUCGUCACGACGCUCCUUCAGUUCAUGUUUGCCUGUAUCGGGGUGCAGCUCUUUAAGGUACACGUUCAUGCUGUCAGUCUUUUUGUUUCUGCCCUCAGGUUUUCAUAUACGGACCACCUCCUUCAAUCAUGAAGCGAUCAGUUUGUAAAACUUUCCUGUGUUUGGUAUAACAGGGACGAUUCUACAGCUGCACCGAUGAAGCCAAACACACUCCUGAUGAGUGCAAGUCAGUUCCCUUCAUUUAUUCCCUCAUUAUCACAACCCACGACAGUUUAACACAGAAUCAGAGUGAUAAAAUCUCCAUGUGUGUUUUUCAGAGGAACAUUUGUGGUCUAUAAAGACGGCGACAUGAACCACCCCAUGGUGAAAGAGAGAGUUUGGGAAAACAGCGAUUUUAACUUUGACAAUGUGCUGAUGGGGAUGCUGGCUUUGUUCACCGUGUCCACGUUUGAAGGAUGGCCACAGUGAGUCAUGACUUUAAUUCACUCAGUUCUUACUGCACUGGAUGAAAUGUGAGUUUUUCAAUAUUUUGGAUUGAUUAAAAGUCCUUAAAUUUCUGAAAUUGAUGCUUAAACUUUCACUCUAACUUUUUUGGAAACUAAUGGAGGUCUAUGGCACAGAAAAAAAAGCAAAGUCAGGCUUUAACCGCAACUGAAAGAAAUAGUUUUAAUUGUUUUAUAAUUGAUGUUUUGUAUUGUUUUCUACCAACAUAAAUAUAAAUAAAUAUUUUAAAAAAUUAUCCUAAAUUUACAAUCCCAAUAUUAAUAUUAUGUAUUUUUUUUGGUCAUAGGAAAAUUUUUAAUUUAAAGAAGAAAAUUUACAAAUCCUCAAAUUCUGUUUUUCUCAACUUUAACGCUGGUUAUAAAUUCAUAGUUGUCCUCAAAGUUGUAUUUUUUUGUCUUAAGGCUUCUUUACCGCGCUGUGGAUGCGAACGCCAUAAACCGAGGACCCAUUUACAACUACCGCGUGGAAAUCUCCAUCUUCUUCAUCAUCUACAUCAUCAUCAUCGCCUUCUUCAUGAUGAACAUCUUCGUGGGUUUUGUCAUCAUCACAUUUCGAGAGCAAGGAGAAGCCGAAUUCAAGAACUGCGAACUGAACAAAAACCAAGUUAGUGAUUCCUCAAUACUUAGAAUAAAUGAUUCAGACUGGAUCAUUUUCUGUGUGUGUUUAUUCUCCUCUUUUUCUCCUCUCUCCAGCGUCAGUGUGUUUACUACGCUUUGAAAGCUCAGCCUAUAAAGAUCUACAUCCCUAAAAACCCGUCUCAGCUCAAAUUCUGGAAAAUCAUCAACUCCAGUCAGUUUGAAUACGUCAUGUUUGUGCUGAUUCUGGGAAACACUCUCACUCUGGCCGUUCAGGUAUCGUACACUUUCUUAUAAAACACAGAAAAACCAUCCUGCCUCCGCGCUGGGAUGUGAUGUUUUGUGUAUCCUUCACUUUUUCUCUCAGCAUUACGAGCAGUCCAAACUCUUCACCUCCAUCAUGGACAUCCUCAACAUGAUCUUCACCGUGGUCUUCACUAUAGAGAUGAUCAUUAAGCUGCUGGCUCUGCGGGCUCAUGUGAGGUUUUAUCUCUGAAACAAACCCUUCGACAGCAUCAGUGUUGUCUUUUCGGACUCUCACUGUGCUCCUCCUGUUCUCUGCAGCACUACUUCAUCGACCCCUGGAACUCAUUUGAUGCUCUGAUUGUUGUGGGGAGCGUGUUGGAUAUCGCAGUCUCUGAGUUUAGUGUAAGUUUCGAUCUCACUUGCAGACAUAUUUUAUAACUACAGUGUCACGUAAGACUCAAUUUAUCGUCCCUCUCUCUUCUCACAUGCUGCCGAUUACUUGAAAUGUUGAUCCAGGGAGGAGGCGGCCACGGUGAGGUGAGAGUUGACCACAACAACACAUCAUGUCAAAGGUUUAAAUCUUAAGAUACAAACGUAAAACCACUGUUACAUUCAUUUGUCUGCUUGUUUUUGCUGUAGGGUAAAGGAGAAAGCGGAAAAGUUUCCAUCACGUUCUUCCGUUUGUUCCGAGUCUUGCGUUUGGUGAAGCUGCUCAGCAAAGGAGAAGGAAUCCGAACUUUACUCUGGACUUUUGUCAAAUCUCUGCAGGUCAGUGUGGAGCGUCUAAAUGUUGGACUUUACAGUCUUUUCACGAUACUUAAUGCUUCUUGUUUUUUCCCCACUCAGGCCCUGCCUUACGUCGGUCUGCUCAUCGCCAUGAUCUUUUUCAUCUACGCUGUGAUCGGCAUGCAGGUGAGUCACUAAUGUACUUUCAUACUGUCCAUCAAGGUUUUAUUUCUCAGAAUGAACCUUUAAUUUAUGUCGUCCUUUUCUUCAGACGUUUGGAAAAGUGGCCAUCGAUGACGACACUCAUAUCAACAGAAACUGUAACUUCCAGACUUUCUUCAUGGCUGUUCUGGUUCUCUUCAGGUGAGAUAAUAAAGCAUGAGGGACGCAGAUCCUAAAUCUUGGUCAUGACUUCAAGUUUAUGAACUCUGAUCUACAUGUCUGCAGGUUUUUAAAUUGUAUUUUCUUCGUUUUAUUUGUAGAGAAAUAACAUAAAAAAUUGCACCAGAUUGUAAAGAUGUGAGAUUUUCAGACAAACUUUUUCUCUGUUAUUAAGAGGGAAAAUAAACUCAGAUGUUCAGCAGGAUUUAAGUGAUCUUGUAGGUGCAGAGAUGGUCUAAAGCUCCCUGUCUGUGCGUCCUGCAGGUGUGCUACAGGAGAGCAGUGGCAGGAGAUUAUGUUGGCAGCUCUGCCCGGCAGACGCUGUGACCCAGAAGCCGACAUCGAGCCUGGAGAGGAGUUCAGCUGUGGGAGCAACCUGUCCUACAUCUACUUCAUCAGCUUCUUCAUGCUCUGCGCUUACCUGGUGAGGGACGCGGAGGAGAUUAGGGAUGCUUUCUAUCAGUUUAUUUAAUCACUCGGUCCUCAGAUCGUUUUGAGAAGACAAACUCUCCCUCCUCUGAUAAUACAGCCUGUGUUCGUUAUAAUUAAGAGGAGGUAAGAUUAAUCCAGACGUGUGUUUUACAGCCUGUCAGGUCAGGUGGGAUCAGAGGGAGAUGAAAGCACAGAGGAUUGUUUCACAGCAGUAUCGAGUCGUAGCAGUUUUUAAAAGGCUAACCCUGUCUUCUCCAGCGCUGCAGAGAAAUCCCACUUCCAGGGAUUUUGUUAAUCCAGACAGAAGAACCAAAUCCAAACACACCUAAAUCCUGGUUUAAGAGGGUGACAUAGAUUUUAGUAACGUUUCAAUUACCUCUGAGCUAUUUUAAGAAGAAGACAAGUUAAAAGAGGGUGACGUUAAAUCUUGAAGAGUGAGUUUAUACGCUGAAAUAUAAAAACUGUGAAUAGAAGCUCUAAUUCUCAGAAAACAGGCAGGAAUCAGGAACACAACAGGGACUAGAAUUACAGCUAAAUAAACUAUUUCUUGAUGCAACUGCAGGAAUCAUAAAUGCACUUGAAAAAUGUCAUCUAUAUGCUGCUGAGGACUUUAAAUCAACAACGAACUCACAGUAUUAAACAAAAACUGACUGUCUAUAAAGAUGGCUGACAUGUUCCCUCCUCCACCUGUUGUACAAAAGUGAAGAUAAAACAUUUUAGGUGAUGUUUGGAUGUGUCCUACGUAUGCAGCUGUCCUCCAUCCGUCAAUAAAGGGUGAAAAAAUCUCAUGAAUAAAUCUGAAUUAAAUAAGAGAGUGUAAUUUCACCCGUAAUUUCAAAGCAUAGUUUGAGCUCUAUCACGUCUGUUAGCAUGGAUGAGGCAGGUGUUAUGAUUUAUAUUUAGUUCAUAAAUAGUAAGGAGAGGCUUCAAAUAUCUUGGCUUCACUUUUAAGGAGCUGACAUGCGGCGCAUCUUUUUUACUCCGUAUACGAACCCAACCGAGUUCCCAUUCUUGAAAGUCGUCCUCUGAGGUUAGAAAGUUUUCAAAGAGUGUGUUUGAAGAGUGAUUUCUUAUUUAGAGCUCCUUUCUUGUUCCUUUGGCUCAGACUUUCCUCCACAGUGUCCAGGUUCAUGCUUUCUUCAUGUCUGUCAUGCUUUGAUUUUAGGGUUUCUCCUCUGGACUUUCUGUAGCAAUAAAUUCACCAGAUAUUUUAAGCUUAUGACCAUUAACAAGCCGUGUUUUGAACAGUUUAAGAGGAAAACCAGAAUCCACACUCAUCAAAUCAUGUCUUUUCCUUGUAGAUCAUCAACUUGUUCAUUGCUGUCAUCAUGGACAACUUUGAGUACCUAACCAGAGACUGGACCGUGCUCGGUACCCACCACCUGGACGAGUUUAAGAGGGUUUGGUCCGACUACGACCCAGAGGCCACGUAAGAAUCCUUUUCUCUUUCUUUCUUUGUUUUCAAAUAUUCACAUCAGUCUUUAACUCUCUGUUUGGUUUCCUCUCUCAGCGGUCGUAUAAAACACAUCGAUGUCGUCACGAUGCUGCGGAGGAUUCAGCCGCCUCUCGGUUUUGGAAAACUCUGUCCUCAUCGAGUCGCUUGCAAGGUGAGUCAAGGUGAGCGCUUGAAGAUAAAACAUGAGCAGAAUCAGGAUUAACCUCUCUUCCUCACGCUCUCUCAGAGACUGGUCGCCAUGAACGUCCCCCUGCAUUCUGAUGGGACCGUCACCUUCAACGCCACUCUCUUUGCUCUGGUUCGAACCUCCCUGAAGAUCAAGACUGAAGGUCAGACCUUGAUGGCAGGAAGAAAUUCAUGCAUGCUCAUUGUAUCUGUAUUGUCUGUCUCAAUUAAAAGAUUUGUUGUCUCCUCUUCCUCUCAGGGCCCAUCGACCAGCAGAACGAGGAGCUGAAGCUGAUCAUUAAGAAGCUCUGGAAACGCACCAAACCCAAGCUCAUUGAUGAAGUCAUUCCUCCCCCUAGAGGUGAGCUGUAACAUAACAGCAAGAAUAGAAAAUAAAACCUUCUUCAGGCUUCAAAACAAAGAAACAUUAAUUCAGGCCUGUCAUAUUUUGAUCGGUGGUGUAUUGUUUUCCUUUUUUCAGGGGAUGAGGUGACCUGUGGGAAGUUUUACGCCAGUUUCCUGAUUCAGGACUACUUCAAAAAGUUUCGUAAGAGAAAAGAAAGAGAGAGGAAAUCUAAGAGGAAGGACAAAGCUGCUUCUCUGCAGGUGAUUUUUCAUACUCAGACAGUGCUCCUUUUGUCAGGUAUAGUUUUAUUACAAACAACUCAAGCUGUACUGUAAAAAAAAGUCUCUUUCCUCAUUUUCCUAAGAUGUCAUACUGUAAAUAAGUAUUUUUGACUCAUUCUGUUGUCUUUUUGGUCAUUAAAGGAUCUGUUUUCAGUGUAAAUACUUGAAAAGAGACCCGCUAUUCUCAUUUUCAACUAUCAUGGCAGUUUGGGACACUCAUUGAGAGGCUUUGCAUGUUAUUUCAUCUUAAAAAAAACUCCACUUUUAUCUUAUACUUUCCUCAUUUUGGCACUGUUCAGCCUAAAAAAAACGAUUUUUUGCUGCUUUUCCAGUAACAGGUGCUACUUUUUACACAGCUUUGUCGUCCUGAAACAACCCAAAUGUUAUACCUUUACAACAAACUUACACUUCAAGCAAGACAGGUUUUACUUUACUUUUUGGAUGUUUGUAGUCACACCUAAAGUGCACAUCGUAAGUUAAUGUUAUUUCUGUGUUUCCAGCUGGGACUGCGCACGCUGCAGGAUCUGGCUCCAGAGAUGCGUCUGGCGAUGGCCUGUGAUCUCGAGGAUGAAGAAGGAGAGAUGACUUGUGAUGAGAUAUUCGACAGCGAGGCUGGAACCUCGGCAGCCACCACGCCUGCUGCCACGCCGCUGCCGCCGAUAGAGGCUCUGGUGGAGCAGACAGUCGUGAGCCUGGAGCCUGUUACUGAGAGUGUGAUCACAGAGCAGGUGACGGGUCUGCAGGAGCACCAGAAACCUGGAUCAGAACUGGCUGGUAUCAGUGUCGUAACAGAUCAGCCUGUGAAGUCUGAACCUCUGCCCGUUAGGUACAUGACCUCUAAUUUCUACAAAGUUGUGGUCAUGCGGUCAAUCUUUAAAGGUCAAUACGUAAACUUUUCUCUGUCUCUCUUCUUCAGGGUGAGCCCCCCCGUCAGCGAGUUGCCCCUUCCACCUCCUCCCCCAGAGUUGACAGGUGGAGAAGAGACUGCAAACGUAGAACCUGAGCCGGUUUAUCCCACUGAAGGAGAUGCUGCAAGUCUAGCAUCAGUAGAGAGGUAAGAAAAACAAAGAGGGCAGAGGUACGAGACAUGUCGGCUGUCUGGGAGUAUUUUGAGACACUGAGAUGCUUAUGCUUAAAAGUAUAAUGCUUUUUGUAUGGAUCCUUUAGGUAUGAGUAUCCAGAAGCCCCCUCUCCUCUACCGACCGACUCAACAGACGUUAACAGACAGAGCAGCGUCAGUGAGAUUCCCUACAACACCAACGGUAUCGUCAGUAACGGUUAUAACGGCACCAACGUGAACGGAGAAAGCGCCGCUCCGAGCCCGACUCCUUACACUGCGAAUGGGUAUAACGGGAAUGGAUACAACGGGAAUGGAUACACUGGUUAUAAUGGAAACGGCAGCGCCAUCAGCACCAGCGGCGUGGGAACUUCAUACAAUGAAAACGGCAGCAGCGUCGGCAGCCACACCGGGAACGGCAUCAACGGGAAGGAGAAUGGAAGCGCAGGAUUCGUCAGACGUCGACUACUUCCUGCUAUACCUAAAGGUAAGAGAUGGAUGUCUUCUUUUGUAAGGAAAUCCAGAACCAACCACCUCUGGGCUUCUUCAUGCUUGGUGCUGAUAUGUAGUUUCCUAACACUUCCCUGCCUUUUGUUUUAGGUCAUGCACCCUCCUUUAACUUCCAGUGUUUAAGACCACAAAGCACCGUGGACAACCUUCCAAUCCCAGGGACCUACCGUGGAAGCACAUCUCCUACCAGAUCCCGACUACAGGUGAUCCAGUGACCCAUACAAUCCCACAAAAAUAUCACACAUUAAACUCGUCCAUCUUGAUUCACUGGUCUGUUUCUCCCCUCUUGUCACAGACCCAGCAAAGCCUCCCAGACUCCCGUCCCAGCAGCGUGUCCUCCUUAUCAUCUGCCUCCUGGGUGAACACAGCCGGGGCCGGUGCCACCCCUCUUCCCUCCCUGAUCAACCCCUCUGCACGCAGGGGGAAGCUCAUUUACACCCCCAUGAUCCUGGUGGAUGAGGCCACGGGGGCAAGCCAGCCGCUGUGGAGUGACGGCACUGCCAGCCUCCCCGCGGGGACCCGUCCUGGGCUCUAUCCCGGCCAGACCAGGACCUUCACCAGCGUGAGGAUGCCGCCAGCCAACCAGGGCUUCAUAGACAAAGGCAGCGCGGACAGUCUGGUCGAGUCGGUGAGUAGGAAUCAGACCGUGUUUGAGAAGUAUGAAGGCAAAGCUGCAUUCUUUCUAAUGUCCAGCAGGAGGAGACUCUGACUUCUAGCUUCAUAAAAUCAAAACAACAACCAAAACUCCAAAAUUUGAAGCAAACAACCAUAAAUAAAAUUAUACAGAGGAAAGAAAUGAACUGAAGCUGAAGUAGCUUCCUGCUGGAGAGCUGAGGGUAUUUCAGUUUGACAGACAGAGGGACUCUAAGCUGAUAAAACUCUUUGCGUUGGAUGUAAUCAGAUAGUUUUCAUGUAAUAUGUGCGUGUCAGAGUCAGAGCAUGAGGAUCUAAAAACAUAAUCCCCCGUGUUUCAUCGUUAUCAUUCUUCUGCUUUUCCUUUCUAUGUCAGAUCUUGAUCUCUGAGGGUCUCGGUAUGUACGCCAGGGACCCCAAGUUUGUAAACUUUGCCAAGCGGGAGAUCGCCGAAGCCUGCCACAUGAGCCUGGACGAGAUGGAGAGCGCCGCUGCUGACCUCAUAGCUCGGGGCGCCAGUCAGUCCAUGUCUCGCUUUGAGGAUGAGCUGGCUGAUGAAAUGAACUGCGUGAUUUCUUACUGA